GCGCACCCACGGCGCUCUGCCACUUGUACCCAGUCCCACAGCCUCAGCAUGUCGGAGACCGCUCCUGCCGCUCCCGCCGCCGCCCCCCCGGUGGAGAAGACCCCGGUGAAGAAGAAGGCGGCCAAAAAGCCCGCAGGGGCGCGCCGCAAGGCGACCGGCCCCCCGGUGUCGGAGCUGAUCAUCAAGGCUGUCGCCGCGUCCAAAGAGCGCAGCGGCGUGUCCCUGGCGGCGCUCAAGAAGGCGCUGGCGGCCGCCGGCUACGACGUGGAGAAGAACAACAGCCGCAUCAAGCUGGGCCUCAAGAGCCUAGUGAGCAAGGGCACCCUGGUGCAGACCAAGGGCACUGGUGCCUCGGGCUCCUUCAAGCUCAACAAGAAGGCGGCCUCCGGCGAGGCCAAGCCCAAGGCCAAGAAGGCGGGCGCGGCCAAGCCCAAGAAGGCGGCCGGGGCGGCCAAGAAGCCCAAGAAGGCCGCGGGGGCCAGCGCUCCCAAAAAGAGCGCCAAGAAGACCCCCAAGAAGGCCAAGAAGCCCGCGGCGGCGGCUGUGGCCAAGAAAGUGGCCAAGAGUCCGAAGAAGGCCAAGGCGGCCAAGCCCAAGAAGGCGGCCAAGAGCACAGCCAAGGCCGUGAAGCCCAAGACUGCCAAGCCCAAGGUUGCCAAGCCCAAGAAGGCUGCACCCAAAAAGAAGUAGGUUGUUGGACAUCUGCUUCUGAAACCCAAAAAGGCUCUUUUCAGAGCCACCA